GCUGUCGAGUGGUGUCACUUUCGAAUCUGCCGCGUCCCCCUCACAUCAAAGCAGCACCAUGCCCGCGACCCUGUACAAAGACAUCGGCAAGAAGGCCAACAACACGAUCUCGGACGAUUACGAUUUCUCCCGCAAGUUGAAGGUCAAGACCAAAUCGGCCAACGGCGUCACGUUCACGACGGAAGGUUCGUUGGGUGCCAACAAGUCGAUCCUCGCCAAGCUCGGCGCGAGCUUCAACCACUCGAGCGGGUUGAACGUCACCAAGCUCCAAGUCACGACCCAAGGCCGCUUGAUUGGUGAAGCCGAGAUCAACAACGCGUUGGUCGACAACUUGAAGCUCGGCUUUAAGCUCGAAGACGGUGGCAAGAACGCCAAGCAAGUUGCCACGGUCGACCUCAAGUACACCCAAGACGCGUUCACGACCCACACCGAAAUUGACGUCGCCGGCAACAACGUGACUCAAAACGGUGUAUUUCACUACGACAACUUCGUCGUCGGUGGUACCACCGCGUUCUCGUUGGAAAAGCAAGCUGUCUCGGACUACGGUGGUGCUAUCGGGUACAAGGCCGCAGACUUUGAAGCGUCGAUUGUCGCCAAGAAGUUCUGCAAGAACCUUGUCACCUCGUUCGUUCACUCCCCCAGCAAGGACGUCACCUACUCUGCCGUGUACGACUUUGACUCGAAGACCGGCGGCAACACGUUGACGGUCGGUGGUCGCUACACCGCUGACAAGGACACUACGUACCUUGCCAAGGUCGAUUCGGAAGGCAUUUUGUCGUUGGCGUCGAUCCAAAAGUUGCGCCCGUUUGUGUCGUUGACCACUUCCGCCCAAGUGGACGUGAAGAACUUCGAAGGCGAUGCCCACAAGUUCGGCUUCGGUAUCACCCUCGGCUAAACCACUGCCGCGAUAUCCUGACUUCCGCGAGGGGUGUGCGACGGAGGUGCUUGGUGCGUAAGUGUGUGCUGCUCACACUAGAAAUGCGUUGGCCAGCGCACUCGCCAUGCCAUGCUUCCCCUCUCUCCAUGGUCCACGGAAGCGACAUGUAAAACCACAAAUUUAAAGUUCCCAUCCUACUCGUGCUACAACGUAAACUCAUGCGAAGUCCGGCCGUUUGCUGUGGCUGCGUCGUGGUGGUAGCCGGGCGACGCAGCGCUGCAGUCGAGCAGCACCACGUCAGACAUGGACGAUCCCAUCGAAGACUCGGCAACGUCGCGGCAGCAAUCGACUUCGAGUGCGUUCAACUUGGUCAAUCGGACUUGUUUCGGGGCGUGCUGGAUGACGUCCUUCGACGCUGGUGGCGCCACCUUCUUGGAUGGAGUUGUUAUCGAGACCGCAUUCGUGUGUUGGGGAGACUCAACGGUGCUGCCAUCGGCUCCAUGGUCGCUAAGGUGGUGCGGCAGCAUGACCGACAGCCGCUGGUUGGCCGCCGCCUUGGUGGACUUCCGCAUCUUGUAAAACCUGUAGAACCCAAACAUGGCCGUGAUCGUCGACAGCUACCACCGCGUUAGCGCCGGUCGACGUCGGCAUCGUACCCCGCCAGCAGCAUACGUAAUGAUCUGGCCCCACCGCUUCCAGAACGCGUUUCGCAGACAUUGCGGGGGGCCAGCAAAGUCCUCCAAGCACGUGCACACGCCGUCUACGUGCGAUCGACACGAUGAGCGCCAACUCGACCGACACAUCGAGUGACGCACUCAGCAUGG